GGCUACGCCGUGCGAGUCCAUCAAAGUUCACCGCCUGGUGCCACGCGGCACGCGCCAAUUCCCGACCCCGACGGGUCGCGUCAGCGAGCGCCGACGCGUUACUUAGUCAGGACGCGGAGCCGCCGUUGUCAAUAUAAAGCCAUGACUCCAACGACGCUUCUACAUGCUCAGGUCGUCUUUCUUCUCCACGGCCACUUUGCGCGCAGCGGCAGCCUCUAGGAUGCCUGUCACUCGUUCGGCUUCGCGCAUCGCGGCACAAGCGAUCCAUGACCUGCGCAUCGCGGAGACUCCGGAGGCAACGCGGACCGACGCGCCUGCGGAGGAGACCAAGACGUCAAAGCGCAAGGCGCCGUCCAAAGCGAGCAGCAGGAAGAAGGCUCGUGCAGCGGACAAAGAUGCCGACGAAGCUGUUCCCCAGCCUCCUGCGCCGAAACCGCCCGCGAAGCAUGUCCAACCCGUCGCGGCCAGCGGCGGAGCCGAGGAGCUUGUCCCCGCUGAGCUCACCUUCUCGUUUGAGGUGGCAAAAAGCCAUCUAAUUGGCGUCGACCCGCGCUUUGAGGACAUAUUCAGUCGUUUGAAGUGCCGGCCGUUUGAGCACUUAGAGAGAGUAGACCCUUUCAGAACCUUGACCCAUUCAAUUUUAGGCCAACAGAUCUCUUGGCUCGCAGCACGGUCCAUAACGCACAAGUUCAUACGGUUAUUCGAUCCUUCGUUGCCCGAGAAACCUACCGACCAUCAUGGGCCUGAUACGUUCUUCCCGACCGCUCAUCAAGUCAUACAGAUGGACAUUCCCACUCUACGGACGGCCGGUCUCAGUCAACGUAAGGCCGAGUACAUUCUUGACCUGGCGGCGCGAUUCGCAGACGGACGUCUGUCUACGGAAAAGCUGCUCGAAGCCGAGGACGAAGAGCUUUACGAACUACUCACCGCUGUCCGCGGCAUCGGAAGAUGGACGGUCGAUAUGUUUGCCAUCUUCUCUUUGAGGAGGCCGGAUAUUCUGCCAGUUGGCGACCUUGGCGUUCAGCGUGGUAUCCUUCGCUGGUUCCUUUCUCUCCACUCGCCGGACUAUAAUCUGACCAUCUCACCAAAGAAGCUUCCUCGCCCCGACGAGGAUCCUUCAGCCGACUCCCAGAGUGCAGACCCAGAUGUUCUUCCAAGCCUUGCUGAAACAAGCCAAGCUGUUCCGGAUGCAUCUUCCGCACCUCCGGCACCAGCAACGCCCGAGGAGUUGAUCCCAAAGGCGCCGACGAAGAAGAGGAAGACGAAGGCCGCUGCGAAGGACAGCGACAGCGACAACGACAACAUGCUGCCGACGCCCUUCACGCCCUCGAUCAAGAAGACAUUGAACGCUGUUCCGUCCACGAUGGACAUCCCGCCCUUGCCGAAGGGCCUGACCGUGAGUCAGCUCAAAACGCGGCUUGAGAAGAAGACGAAGAUCAAGGGUGCCUUCAUCACGCCGCAGGAGAUGGAAGAAUUGACAGCACAAUGGCGGCCAUUCCGCAGCCUAGCUGUGUAUUAUAUGUGGGCGUUGGCGGAGGAGUCGAAGUAGGAGCCGCAGAUAUACCGCUCUGGUUAAGUGACUACCUGGCUGGAUGUUUGCGAGCUUCAUGAACGAACUUCAUGAUCUCUCAACUUCAAUCAAACCCGAAAUUACAUUGUGCUGUCUGUGUACUAGACUCUGACGGCACCUCAUGAACUCGUCCUUGUACAGGUGCAGAUGACAGACCUCAAGAGCUUACGAAUGACGUUCAACGUGUGUCAUAAGGCGACGAAUUAUACAGAACAGUAGGAUAUCGUGUCUUCUCGGUCGCAGGAACGCUACCAGACGGGCGUCAUAACAAGUCAUAAAUCAAAGCUCAUCGUGCUUCUCCAGCCACAACGGCCAGCCCACGUCUAGUAUGCGGCCGAUGUUCCUCCUCCACGCCCUCCAAAUUUGUAUCUGUGUGUUCCGGUCCGACGCGUUCGUCCACCGAAGCAGUUGCAGCAGAGGAUAUCGAAAAUGACGUCGAAGAUCGUAACGAUGAUCUAGAAAUGUGCGCGUGAGCGUACAUCCACGAUGAACACUAGCGGCAGGGACGUACUGUUACGAUGACGGAGACAAUGAUCAUUAAGACACUCGCAAUCGCAGAGAUGAUUGCGUUGAUGGCACCGCCAAUUGCAGAGAAGAUAGCUCCCUGGAGAACACGUUGGUUAGCAUCUUCAUUUGUAUGUACGCAUCGAUAUCACACACCAUGGUGCAAGUAUGUGAUUUGGAGUCGUAAAAGUCGUAAAGAGGUGGUGUAUGUGGGUAUGCAGGGGCGUCGUUGACGGAUCUGGGGAAACACGUUGCAGCGGAAGCUUGUGGUUAUAUAGGGCGCCGUCGGGCCCGUCUCCCACGGUUUUCUCGUGAUGUCAGCGUAGGUUACCGAGAUGGUGCCACCUGCACGAAACACAAUUCCUCAGACCGCCUGUGACAUCAUGUCCAUUCAUAUUGUUGGAGUAGCGCGGGCGGACCUCCCGGGUCGACUUUACCCCGCCCGUGACAAGUCCCGCCUCGCGUUACAAGAGCAGCCGCUGAUACACCGCUGUGUAGUGCCGGGCGAGACAGUGAGCGGAAAGCAAAGUGAGACUGGCCGAUACGUACGAGGCGACGAGAGGUGCUACGAUGAUCAAAGUUACAGCUGUACAGGCCUGAACGGCCGUGUCUCGGCGAUUGCCCAAAGCUUGCCCAAAGCCCUACGACCUGAGCACCAAAGAGCGG